UCCUCCAUCUGAACGGUAGCGAGAACCUCUCCCACCGGGAGACAUCACCAUCACCUCCCGACCCCGAAAUAAAUGCAACAAACCUGUUCAUGGUGGCGUCCGUCGUCGUUGGGGUUUUUCAAUAUUAUUCUCUUCAUUAAUUAAUGUAUUAAUUUCCCCAGCCAGCAAUGGCUGGGAUCGGUGGUUGCGGCUGCUAAGAGGCAGGUGCGGCUUUAUCGACGAAGGCAUCUCUCUCCCAACUCGGCAUGGCCCGGGAGAGGCCACAUCCACUGGAGAGACAGCCCCGCGGUGUCCGCUCCCUCUGAGGCCGCUGUUCGGAGGGACUCAUCCAGCUGGGCCGUACACGACGAGCUGGCGCUGGCGGAGGAGUACGAGUGGCCCUCUAUAUAUUUUCAUUCUAUUCUAUUUCCUUCGCCGAGGUGACUGUUAUGCGGAAUCACACGUUUUUCCUGCGUUGACCCCCCCAUCCGAAAACACCUCCACAGUCGACAAGACCUUUGAAAGUCCUCAUCUGGAUCACCGCAGCCAGCUGCAGCCGCCAAGAUGAUGGAGCUCCAGAUAGACGAGGUGGUCUACCAGGACGACUACGGCUCCUGUACCGUCAUGUCGGAGCGGGUGUCGGGCCUGGCCAACAGCAUCUACCGGGAGUUCGAGAGGCUGAUCCGCAGCUACGAUGAGGAGGUUGUGAAGGAGCUCAUGCCGCUGGUGGUGAACGUCUUGGAGAACCUGGACGCUGUGCUGUUGGAGAACCAGGAGCACGAAGUGGAGUUGGAGCUCCUGAAGGAGGACAACGAGCAGCUCAUCACCCAGUACGAGAGGGAGAAGGCGUUGCGUAAGCAGGCGGAGGAGAAAUUCAUUGAGUUUGAGGAUGAGUUGGAAGAAGACAAGAAGGACCUCCAGGUACAAGUGGAGUUUUUGGAGCUGCAGGGGAAACAACUGGAGCUCAAGUCCAAGAACUACGUUGACCAAAUCACACGGUUGGAGGAAAGAGAGUCCGAAAUGAAGAAAGAAUACAAUGCUCUGCACCAGCGCCACACUGAGAUGAUCCAGACGUAUGUCGAGCAUAUUGAGCGCUCCAAAUUGCAGCAGACAGGGAGCAACAGCCAAUCAGAUGGCAGUGGACGAACUCACCGUCACACAUGGAGGAAAAGCAAAGCAGAGCGGCCGCCAUCGUUGAGCCUGUAUCCCGCCGGCGAGGGCAUGGUACGUGGGGGUGUCGGGGGGGCUAGGAUGAUGCCCGGGAAAGACAUCUGGCAGGAGGAUGGAUCGGAGUCUGACUCUGUGGCAGCCACCCCCAGCAGCACUGGAAGCAAGUCCAACACACCCACCUCCUCCGUCCCCUCCGCCACUGUCACCCCUAUCAACGAGGGCUUCCUCCCGCCCUCUGAGUUUGAUGUGAUGCGGGCUGGAAGCCGGGGUAGGAAAAGCGCCAAGCGCCUCAGCCGUAAUAUGGAAGUCCAGGUUUCCCAGGAAACCCGGAACGUGAGCAUCGGUAUGGGAAGCAGCGAUGAGUGGUCAGAGUUUCAAGAAAUCAUCGAUUCUACUCCUGAAUUGGACAUGUGUGUGGAUCCCCGAGUGUACGGAGGAGGAAACAGCCCCUCCCAGGGAAUAGUGAACGAGGCCUUCGGCAUCAACACAGAUUCGUUGUACCACGAGAUCAAAGACGCCAAGUCGGACAUCAUUGGAGAUGUAGACGCCGGUGCAGAGCUUCUUGGCGAGUUCUCAGUCCGAGAUGAUUUCUUUGGGAUGGGCAAGGAAGUGGAGAACCUGCUGACAGAGAACAAACAGCUCCUAGAGACCAAAAACGCUCUCAACAUUGUAAAAGACGAUCUUAUUGCCAAAGUGGACGAGCUGUCCAGUGAGCAUGAGGUGCUACGGGAGGAGCUGGAGGCCGUGAGGCAGUCCAAGAACAAGGUGGACGCCAGAGUCAAGGAGCUGGAAGAAGAACUACGGAGGUUAAGAGCAGAGGCUCUCGGUGCAUCUCGGGACUCCAAGGAUGAAGGAAAUGAUGAUUUUUCAUCACCCAUACAAGAUGGCGACAUGACCAUGACCCAGAGGCGGCGGUUUACCCGGGUUGAGAUGGCGAGGGUGUUGAUGGAGAGGAACCAGUACAAGGAGAGGCUGAUGGAGCUGCAGGAGGCUGUGCGGUGGACAGAGAUGAUCAGGGCUUCCCGCGAGAGUCCUGCAAUCCAGGAGAAAAAGAAGUCUACCAUCUGGCAGUUCUUUGCACGUCUCUUCAGUUCAUCGUCCAGUCCUCCGCCUGUCAAGCGUCCGUACUACAGCGUUAACAUUCACUACAAGUCGCCCUCACCGGCGGGCUUCCCUCAGCGCCGCAGCCACACCAUGUGUCAGAUCUCCACCUCCAACCGCACGUUGGAGUUCUUCCCAGAAGAACUGGCCAGUAACGGUGUUGCGUCUCUCCUCAGUGACUCGGCACUGUUGGCCCGCCGAGAGCAGCGGCGGGAACAGUACCGGCAAGUGCGCGAGCACAUGCGUCGCGACGAUGGCAUCAUGCAGGCCUGUGGCUGGAGUGUUCCGCCACGUUUCAAACAGGCCGGCGGUCAGACGGACAGCGCUCAGGACAGCCAGCUGAAAAGACAACAGACUAACAGUGAGAAAGAGGAUAAUCGCAUGAAGAACGUUCCUGUCCCGGUCUACUGUCGCCCCCUGGUCGAGAAAGACCCCAACAGAAAGCUGUGGUGUGCAGCCGGAGUGGACCUGACAGGAUGGAGAGCCAGCAGCCAGGAGUCAGGACCACUUAAAGCGGUCUCCAAUGGCAGCGACCCCCUGCAAGCAGAGGAGAAUGAAGGAAGCAAGAAGAGCAACCACAACUCUCCCGAGAAGAGGAAGAGAGUGAGUACUUCUGCCCCCUCUGGUUGCACCUCCAACGCUCCUCUCCUCCUCCAGUCCAAGGAGCUGCAGGAAACAGACACCAUGAGCAGCCGUGUUUGGAUCCUCACCAGCACCCACUCUGCCAGCAAGGUGGUGAUCAUCGAUGCCAACCAGCCGGGCUCGCUCGUCGACCAAUUCAACGUCUGCAACGCUCACGUGCUCUGCAUCUCUAGUGUGCCAGCUGCCAGUGAGAGCGAUUAUCCGGCUGGUGAGAUCGUGUUGGAUCCAGGUGAUGGUGGUGCAGGGGGAGGCGAGGACACCGGCAGCGUGGAGGGUAUGUUGGCUGGUAUCACGCUAGUGGGUUGCGCCACUAACUGCAGUGUUGCCCGUAGCAACUGCUCCUCACGCACUGACACUCCCAUAAUGGACAAAGGACAAGCACCCGUCGCUCCCCCCGCAAGUGGCAAGAUUCACCCGGCCCAGUCUGCUGAGGAGGCCACAGAGGCCACCGAAGUUCCAGAGUCGACAUCCAAUCACGCAGAACUUGGAUCCGCACCUUCAGGACCGUUCACGGAACACGUCUUCACUGAUCCGCCGCCUCGUCCAGCGGACGGCCCUGACAGGGCCGCUGGUCAGUCCAAAGAGGAGACGUCAGUACCUCCAGAGAUGGAAGAUGGUGGUAAAGAGUCCAAGAAUUACACCAGCAUGGCACCCACCAUGUGGCUCGGGGCCCAGAACGGCUGGCUUUAUGUCCACUCAGCGGUUGGCAACUGGAAAAAUUGUCUCCACUCCAUCAAACUCAAAGACUCCGUGCUCAGUCUGGUACAUGUGAAGGGUCGUGUGCUGGUCGCCCUCGCUGACGGGACCCUUGCCAUAUUCCACAGAUCAGAAGACGGCCAAUGGGAUUUAUCUAACUACCACCUCAUGGACCUGGGCCGACCUCAUCAUUCCAUCCGUUGCAUGGCCGUCGUGCACGAUAAAGUGUGGUGCGGCUACAAGAACAAGAUCCACGUCAUUCAGCCUAAAAGCAUGCAGAUUGAGAAGUCCUUCGACGCCCACCCCCGUAGGGAGAGCCAGGUGCGCCAGCUGGCUUGGAUCGGCGACGGCGUGUGGGUGUCGAUCCGGCUCGACUCCACGCUGCGCCUCUACCACGCCCACACGCAUCAGCACCUGCAGGAUGUGGACAUCGAGCCCUAUGUCAGCAAGAUGCUCGGCACCGGCAAGCUGGGCUUCUCAUUUGUGCGCAUCACGGCUCUUCUGAUUGGUGGAAAUCGCCUGUGGGUGGGAACCGGAAAUGGGGUGAUCAUCUCCAUCCCGCUAACAGAGACGGUGGUCCUUCACCGGGGACAACUCCUGGGUUUGAGGGCCAAUAAGGUAUCUCCGACAUCUUCCGGGGGAGUGAUCCAUGUGUACGGCGACGACGGCUCCGAGAAAAGCAACGGCAGCUUCAUCCCCUACUGCUCCAUGGCUCAGGCACAGCUCUGUUUCCAUGGACACCGCGAUGCUGUCAAGUUCUUUGUGACAGUACCCGGCAACGUUCUGGCCACACUGAACGGCAGCGUGCUGGACAGCCCGUCAGAGGGUCCGGGCUCCACGGCCCCUCCGGAGACCGAGGCCCAGAGUGUUCAAAAUGUGUUGGUGCUCAGCGGUGGAGAGGGUUACAUUGACUUCCGCAUAGGGGAUGGCGAGGAUGACGAGACAGAGGAAGGAGAAAGCGACGGAGCCUCACAGGUCAAACCUGCUUUGUGCAAAGCCGAGCGGAGCCACAUCAUCGUGUGGCAGGUGUCUUACAUACCCGAGUGACAUCUCCUUCUCACUAUCUCCUUUCAGCCACUCAAACUCUGCAAUGUAAAUCCCUGGUCAUGUAUAAAUUAUCCCUUGGCUCUAAAAGUGUAUAAAUCCAUGACUGUACAAGCUGUGCGUCAUCCCUCGUGCCCUGUCAACUACUAACGUUAAUGCCUUGUACUUUCCUAAUCUGCCUGCCAUGCUGUUACUGUCCCAACAGGGCAUUCUAAAUAUCAUUGUGGGCCUUGUAACUCAGUUUCAUAACUACCUCCCUACCCCACUUAUCUGUCGUGUGUUCACCCUUCAAGCACUAUCCCCUUCUAUAUUGUCCUGCAUCACCCCACGGUUCCUUCUCUUCCUUAAGUUUGCCACCCGGCGAACCCAAAAUCGUUCUCAAAGCGGCUCGAAGCGCCCCCCCCCUUCCCGAAAUCUAUAGUAUGUACCAAAACCAUUUCAAAACGAUACCGAGAUUGACGUCAGAUUACAUUUCAAGUUGCCAUCGGUGAAAUUUCAUCCAUUAUGAUACUUGUAGGAAUACUUGCACUUGGAAUACAAAGUGAUUACAAAUGGAUGGAUUCAAUGGUGAAGGCAUGUUUAAAUGAUAUUAUUACCAGUCAUCUCACCUCUAAAGAGAUAUUUAUUGAUAGAAACAGUUGGGAGUACCCCUGGUGAAAGGUCCGAGGUUAUUGUGGUGCUUUAGGUGACAUAAAGCACAAGGUGGAUUGUUGUCACUGUGUGUACAGGGUCACUGUAAAGCCCAUCCUCUUUGGUCAACAUGGAAAUUCAUGCAUUGAUCUCUGUGUGGAUUAUAAAAUAUUAAACGU